AUGCUGGCUAUGUGUGUAAGAACACACACGGUAGCUACUACUGUCAUCAUAUCGACUGCCCGCCAGGGCGUUGUGUCAGGGAACAAACCUGUCAAGUUGGAGACUUGGGAUGUUUCCACCAGCCUGGGAUGUACUGCUACAAGUUCUUCACCUUUGUCGCCAAUGCCCACUUACCUUUCGGAAAGAGUGACGGCGGCGCCAAAAAAAUUAGGGGCGCGAGGUAUUAGGUAUGUACUCAAUGGUCACGAGUGGCAGAGAAUAGAGAGUACUGGUCUUCUCUGGAGGAGGCCUUUACCUUUCAUGGAGAGGGUGGAUUUUUAUAAAAUGCCAAGCCCUUUCCAGUCUUGGGUCGUCUUGUUUUCGAAGGUGAGCUACGAGCUGCGCCUGGUAUCGGUGCAGGCGUCUCCUGGUGUCCAACCAGCUAACCUUCGAUGCUUUAACACGCGUGUACUAUACAAUAGCUGCGUGGUGUCGCUCGAGUGUUCUCUGCCAGGUCCCCAGGUGGUAGAACUUGAGCUAACGAGGUCUAUCAUGAGAGGUUCCAGAUACGCCGGCAGCACGGUCGUUCGACUCUUCGUAAUUGUCUCUCAAUAUGAAUUCUGACGGUAUUGCAAUUAAGUCUAUUUUAGAUCGCCAUUAACUUUUUUCUUUCGACAUGAUCAAUGAAAGUACCUACCGUCGGUCGCUUACCUACACCACGGUAAUAUUAUUACCAUGCCUAAGCGUUUGUCGUGAAUAGUUCUAAAUAUUAGUUGAUUUAAUUAUAUUGAUACCGAUUUGAUAAGACUGCCUCGUUGGCAGAGUGGUCGCAAGUGGUCUCGGGUAUGAUUCCCGGGUCGGGCAAAGUAUUACUGGGUUUUUAAUAAUUCUCAGUAGUAGCACGGAGUCUGGAAUUUUGCCCGGUAUAUGGCAAUAGGCUCACCCCCUAUUACAUGGGACUCGUAACAUAAAUAGUGAAAACUGGGUGUUACAUUGUGCAGUGACAUAAUAUAGACCUCUGCCUACCCCUUCGGGGAUAAAAGGUGUGAUGUUAUGUUAUGAUUUGAUAAGUGUAAUUCUUGAAUCUUUUAAAAAACUUAUUAUGUUUGUAAGUAAUGUAUUUGAAAACAAAAUAAAACGAUGAAACAAAUUGGAAUAUAUCUUUUUAAUUUUAUUAAGCACAAGCAGACACCAUGAAGGAAUGGUGUUUCAGUUAUAUACAUAUAACUAUAUAAUAGUACAGUGCACUAUUAGUAGAUUAUAAAUCUCAUGAUCACAACAUAAUUAAUAUUUUAAAAAUUUAAACUAUAUCUAGACAACAGCAAAACAAUUACAAACAUUUUAUUUUGUAACACUAUAACGCUCUGGUCCCUAGAUCCUGUCCACUCUUGCGCACCAAAGUAUUACCAUACUAUAAAAAUAUCUUCAAUACAAAUACGACUCUUAAAUUGCAAUUAUAAACUUGGAUUAAUAGCUAUUAUUAUAAAAAAAUAUAAACAUAAAAAUCAAAAUAUAAAAUAACAAUAAUACCUAAUUCCAUUAAUCCAAAUUUAUAAUAUGACGCUGUUAAAUAUUGUGAUUUAAAAAAAAGUUAUGAUUGUUGUAAACUAUUGCAGGUUUUAGUCAUAAGGUCGGUAUCAUUACAUUUUCUCGAUAUUCUAAAGCCGAUUAUAAUAAUGAAAAAACUUAAUUUAUAUGUAUUUUAUACAAAAAAACGAAACAAUAACAUUGAAAUUCGUUUUCUAAUCAACAAAUAAAUUCAACAAAGAGUAAUUUUUAACAUAAACCAUGUUUAAGAUUAUAUAAAAUUAGAAACAUAACCAAAUUUGCCAAUUAUAUUGCCAAUCUCGUUGAUUUUAGACCUUAUGACUUAAAAAAUAUGCCAUAUAUAAAAUAAAUAACUUUAAAAAAUUAAUACACAUAAGAGCCAUUACUAAUAAAGACUAUUUUAGUUUUAUUACUGGUUUCCUUUUGACUUAGAUUACUGGGAAAAUAUACACUGACUGCUAUGCAAAAAUCACCUUUGCUGCUUAGUAAAUAAAGUCACUUUCAAGUGGCUUAAAUGAGUCGACAAAAACAUUUCGAAGUCAUUAUAUGACACAGUUAACCUAAAAUCUAAAGAAUCAAUCAAAGGGCUUAGCACGAGUUUAUUUUCGUAUAUUGAGAUCGACACGUUGAUGACGUACGGCGCUCUGAUUGGCCGGGCCCAAUGAACCAACCAAUCAGUGUGUCGAACGCGAUCUCGUUUCAAUCUCGUUAAACGUAAAACAAAGCCGUGUUUGUUCUCUAAUAAUAAAAACGACAAUUUCACUUAAUUUAAGUAUUUUUGGUUAAACAUUCUAUGAGUCCAAGGUUCAAUGUCACUAGAAUAAAAUAAUAUAUAAAAACACUUCAAAGUUCCUUAGACCUACUAACACUCUUAAUUUGUAAUGGCUCCAAGACACUACAAACAAUAUAAUAUAAAACAUAUUCCUUAUAUAAUUAUGUAUAAAAUAACAAAUAUAUAUUGCAGUGGGUAAAAAAUAUAUACAUAAAUAUUUAAGGUUUAGCUCCGAUCAACAAAGUGGCGAAGAACAGAAUCCAGUAACAAUUUAAAUUCAACCUUAAAAUGUUUUGUAAUACGACUAGAAUUCGAAUUAAAGUUCCAAGAUCCGAAAGAAAACGUGUAAAGUUUCUUCUUUUUAUUUUAUCACGCAAACGAGCAAACAGAUUACCUGGUAGACACCCGAAACACUGAAGGAGUUCCUAGUAUGUUACUGGGUUCUCAGUACUAAGUUGCUCAACGGUGCCACUUCGCCCCUCAGCGCUAACCCUUGAUGAAAUAUGAGUGACAACGUUAAUAUAUAACAUAUACAGCAGUACAACAAAACAAUGAUUUAAUCCGAAAAUAACCGCUUACUCACGUGAACUAUUAGAGAAAGGCUCUACUAAUUUCAAGCCAUCACAGGACUCUUAAUCAUAAGUAGAAACCAGUAGAGCGUUUCUCAAUUACUUAACUAAGUAUGCCGUUAUCAACAAUUAAUUUAGUACGCCUCACGAUAGUUUUUUUAUUACACAAAAAUAAAAUAAAGAUUUUAUCGAUAACAUAUAACACGAAGACGCCAUCCCUAGCUGCCGCACCACAUAAGCGUAUCGAUACUGUAACUGCACACUGUACUUACAAUUCAACAUUAUUAUAUAUAUAUUUAAAUAGAUGGCACAGGGAAAUAAACGAAAGCAUUUGAAAGUUAUAAUCCAUUUCUUUAACGACAGGUUUCAGAAAUAUUCAUACAGUAUUUGCUUACUAGAGAUAGAAUUUUCAACCUUAAGCUAAGAAGUCAAGAAUCUAUCUUUAAUAAUCAAAUUAAUUUGAUAAAUCGUUUAUAGGAACCCGUCGUUAGUUUCGAACAAGAAUCAAAGCGUAAGAAAACAAUCGAUAAACCACUGGAACGGUCAAACAUUUACUGCCGUACUCAUGCCGGAAUACUGAAACAUUAUUCAAUUUAAAUCGCGCUUAAGUACAUAUAGUGCUGUCGCUACAAAUUCUUUGUAAAAUGACAGAGACGGCACGAUAUUUAAGCACGACUUAAAAUUGAGUAACGUUUCAGUAUCAGAGACGUUAAAUGAUUACUUAAAACUAUUCCUUAGUAACGAUUUUGUCCCGAAAACAAUUAAAGACUGGGUUAAGUAACUAUUCAAUGUCUCCGAGGAAGGCAGUUAGACCAUAAAGUAAAGUUAGUCAAUUUAAUAGUGGCAAUAGUUAUUCAACUGUAAGUACAGAUUCAUUAAAUAAUACUAUUAUGAUAAUGGCAUAGACAACAGUCUUCAGAAUUCAACAGUAAUGUACUAUGCUAUUUUAAAUCUGCGCUUACAUAUCGAUUUUUGACUCGAUAAUCGAUAUCGACCAUUAAUCAAUUUCAAUCGUUUUUUUUUUAAACGUUAGUAGGAGUCCCUGAUAGGAUAAAAUACUCUAGAAAUGAUUCAAUAUAAUCUUGUCUUACUAUCAAAUAUCAAAGUUCGGUAGAAAGUAUAGGACACAACAUUUCUUUGACUAUAAUUAUAUUAUCAACACACCAUUAGAUGAUGCUUAACCAGUACUGUAACCUGUUUUCAUCGAUCUGUUAGCUUCGAAACAAUAGACACACAAAAGCUAUCGAUAAAAAUAUCGAUAAUGAAUCAAUAAUCGAUAUGAAAGCGCAAAAAUAGUAGGACAGAAAGCGCACAACACUGUGCGACACAGUAGGCUAGACAAGCAUGUACAAAUCUGAUAUGACACUGUAAAUUCGUACAGUUUCACGGAACUUUCUGAUAGGCUCAAUAUUUUAACAGUAUCGGUCAAAAUAUAACCAUUAUACAUAUUAUAUAGAACCAUAAGUAUAUAAUCCUUACUAAUAUUAUUAAUCAGAAAGUGAGUUUGUUUGUUUGUUCCACUUUCACGCCGUAACUACUAGACCGAUUGCUUUGAAUUUUUGCAGAUGUGAAGUUAGAAGUCUGGAUUAAAUAAUGGGGUACUUUUUAUCCCGAAAAAACUUGAUAUUCUCUCGAGGGAAAACGAAAUUAUUGGUAUAGAUGGCGCUGUGUGUAUUGGUAUAUGUCACAUAGGCUACUUUUUAUCCUUUUGUGACGCGAGCGAAGCCGCGGGUAAAAGCUAGUAUAUACAAUACAACAAGCCAUAUAAUACAGAACACUGUAAAAAAAACAAUACUGAUAUAGAAAAAUGCCAUUGAAUUGGACAGUAAUACGCGUUCUUGUAAAUCAACAACUUAUUACUUGGUAAUAUAGUACAAAAUCGAUAAAAAAAUGCUGCCUUGAAAUGCUCAAAUCCAGAUUUUAUCACUCCCAAGAUAGAGGUUAUAGUGAUGUCAACAAAUAUUUUAUCAUAGGAUUGUAACAUGUUAUAUUUUCACCGAUACUGCGCUAUUUUGUGACUAAACGAUUGCUAUAAUAUAAUAGUUAGUUUCACCUAAAACGUAAAAACACUUUACACGCCUAGAACUAACGUUAACAAAGACGUUAUUGUUACGAAGCUACCCUCACUCGACAUUUGUGACCAUUAUCUUACAUAACCCUCAUUUACUUCACUUAAUGCACACUAAGAUAACUAUGCUGUAUAAAAUUAUAUAUAUAUUGUAUAAUAUAAUUAUGAUUUUCAAUAAAAAUCUAUCAAUUGUAUAGAACUCCGCGGUAUUUGUAGUAAAUAUUUCCAAGGCAUUAUCAGGUAAUUUUUUCACUAGUUUAUCGAUUAUAUAUUGCACAAAAUCAAGUCUCAGUGUACAUCAAGCAUUCACGAAAUAACUAACAAAAAACAUCUGCGCAUGACUUUUAACGUAACUAAAAUAGUAAGUUGUAUAUAAUAUAUAAAGAAAAUGAUCAUAUUUAAUAUGACAAAAUGUAACACAUUUCAACUUAUCGAUAAUAUCUAGACAACAGGGCUCAAUAAAAGCUAAAGAAAAUGGCAUUUUGUAAUCACUUAUCAAUUUAAACUAGAAAAAUAUUUCUUUUACCAUACUAGGCUGAUCUAACUGAUUUCUCUUAUAGUCCUCAUCUCAAGUGAUUGCGAUGCUUAACACAGGCACAUGUUCAAAGUCAACUAUUGAUAUAUGUAUUCUAUAUAGUAAAAUCUAUUGUAAUAUAAUAUGCAUUUAUAUUCCAUAUAAUUAUCUAUGUGUAAAUCUUUCAGUGAACACUAUUUCGCGAUGCGCUGUACAAGCAUUAUGCCACAGCGCAAAAUGCCAUAAACAAAAAUAACGUAGGUAUAUUAACAAAUAUAUAAAUAAAUGUAUAUAUAAAUAUAUAUCAGCCACACACUAACCGGCCACUCGCUGCAUUAUAGUAGUACUAGUGAGAUUAUAGUAGGCUCCCACGGGGUCAAGUAGCGUUAAACAACUAUACAUCAAAAACAUUGAUAAAUUUGUUUAGACUCGAGUGUCUUUUACAGCAGUUUAUUUUUAAUUUGAUAUGAGUUUAAUAAAAAAGUUCAGUCGAUCGUUAAAAAAUUGUUAGGAAGCAUCUAAACAAAUUCAUCAAACGUAAAAAUUACAUACACUACAACAUCGUCGUGUGCUAUGCACAUCGUCAAACACUAUACAUCUAGACACGAACACUACUUGCUAGUCGUCGGGGUUAUUCACAGAGAUCAUUUCUUCUUGACGGUCGAGCUACUGGCACAACUACUCGACCGGGUUUGGACGCCAUCCUUCUUCAGCAAACUGACUCCGAACGCGGGACAUUUCUUUCGCAACGCCUUGAUUUUAUACAAUUUGUUUCCCUGGGAGUUGUUUGUCUCCUCAUAGUUGUCGGGAGUGACGUCCGCCGUGAUCACAGAGUUAGAGAUACAAUCCAUCGGCUCCGGACUACUUGACUUGUCCCGUUUCCGUCUGAACCUGAACGGAGUUUCGAGGGAAUCCGCGGAUAUAUUAGUGACAUUCGUGUCACUGGAAGACAGAUCUUGUGUAGAUUCGAGACCAGUUUUAGGCAAAUUAUUCUUAGGGAGCUUUUUACGGGAGCUGGAGUUAGAUCUAACUAUUAGUUUCUUGCGCGCGUUUAUAUUUGAAUUAGUAGGUUUAGUUUGCACUACAGAUUUGAGAUUUGGCUCAGAUGGGAGACGAUUUUUGCCAUUUAAAUGGCAAUUUUCUGUAAGUGCAGAUAAAGUUGAAGUUACGUUGUUCAGUGUUGUGACGACUGCGCUGUCGUUGGUGGGGAUUUUGCUGACGCUGACGGUCUUUCUAGUGAAGGUUUUGAGGGGACUUGAUCCGUGAGUGUAGCCUAGAGCGGGGCGCGCGAGGUUGGCUCGUUGGCCGUGGAAGCUACUCUUACCGGUGAAGGGUUUGACGGGACCCGUCAGUUUAUUGGCUUGAGAAUUGGCACUUCUAGUUGGGGGAAAUGUCGAAGUCUUUGAUGCGUAAUGAGAUUUGAGAGUGGAGUUGAUGAUCCGAGGAGGUUGCUUCAAGUUGGUGUUGUUGGCGUUCCGUAUGUUGUUGGUGGGCAUCAUGUAGUUCAUUUUGGGCGCGAACACUGUCUUCGUUGGGAGCAUUGGAGUGGGGGUGGUCUUGUACUUGCCGAUGACAGUUGUUACGUUGUUCUCGGAGUCAGGCUCGUUGGCGUUCAGAGCGUUGGCGUUGUCCAACUGAAAGAGGAAUUAGAUGUUUAAAGUUUCAAGCUCG